UUGGAAGAUGCACAGUUACGACUUCAGUGUGGUGUGAAGAAAAAGUAAUGUAAUUAGUAGUGUAACUAAUUACUGUUGCUAGAAAGUAUUAAGUAAAGUAACACUAUUACUUUUGAAAGGAUUGACUAGUAAUGAGUAAUAUAUUAACAACACUGUUUAGCAGAUGCUUUUAUCCAAAGUGACUUACAAAUGACGACAACUGGAAGCAAUCAAAAUCAACAAAAGAGCAAUGAUACACAAGUAAACUAUAACAAGUCUCAGUUUGUGAAAAACUCCUCCCUCCCAUAGACGCUGCAUUAGAAACACCCACGCAUAUUUUUUUAUUUUUUAUUUUUUGGUUAUAAUACAAAGAAUAGUGUUAUAAAUGUACAUACAUUUAAAAAAUUACAAAAUUACAAAAACAAAUAAUAAUAAUAAAACUUCUAUUUAUCCACUAACUUUAAAUCACAUCUUAUUUACUUUUAAUAAUUUAUACAGUAUGCUACACUGAUUAGGGUGUCUCUGAUGCCCCUCACAGCACACGAUCCGUUCUCAUCAUGUAACAGGAUCUUCAAUAAUUGAGUUACAGUGUGAAAGGGGCUGAAUUAUCUGCCUCCAUUGACGCUCGUUGGUUUCUCGCAUGACCCAAUCAGAGCUCUGUGCGCGUCCCCUGAGGAACAGUUACGUUGGAGACAACCAACACUUUUGAACCCAAACACUUUGUAUCUAUUCGAAUGGUUCCACUGAUGGUGAAUUAGUAGCUGAGUGCCGUGAUCAUGAAGCGGUCGGUCCAGUGCGCUCCUCCGGCUGUGGUUGUGGGAUCUGAAGGCUGGAGGGAUGCGAUUCUGCGCGCCGAGGAUCUUCUGCUUCAAACUCACGCAGAUCUGCACUCAUCGACACGCUGCUGCAGCCACAGAGCUGGGACAUUUACCUCCAGACUUCCUCAGUUAACAGCUUACAGUGUGAACAGCAGCGUCGAUGAGGAGCACAAUGAGAGUGACUUUGAAAAGAAAGAGGAAUUACGAUUUAAAUUCAUUGGAAGUAUGGAUGCAGAACCAUCUGUUCUUUCUGCAAGUCCAGCAGCUCGACGAUACAUCUACACCUCUGCAGCCCAAAGAGCUUAUGAGGAUGUAGACUGGGACUUCAAGUUACCUCCUCGCCACAAACCACCCUCAACUACUCUGGAGAAAAUGGCUGACCCUGUGAGUCAACGUUUUGUGUUGAAGCGAUACCACAGCAGACCUGAGCUUUGGCAGGCCAUUGGAUCCCAUUGGAACAAACAUCAGUUACGUGCCACAUUUAAUGCAAGGAAACCCAUCAGCUUCACCAGUCCAUGUCCAAAAUCAGGCCAUAUACCUUUAUACUGCGGUACGGUGGGCUCUGAGAACAUGGAUAGUGUGGACGUCCCAGGAGAGGACUUCAUUCCUCUGACUGUUCUGCGCACCACAAUACCUCCUCACACCCCUGCCAGCUACAGAACUACUAUACCUGGUUACACUGGAAAAGCCCGGUUUGACAGACCAAGGACCUCAGGUGUCAGUCUACCUUCUUUACCAUAUACUCCACAAACAGCAGGGAGUGGUUCUGGUACCUGGAGCACCCUCGACUUCGGACACAAGGCUCCUCUGUCAGGAAUGAUCACUACUGUCCCACCGGGAAACCCUUUCCUUCAUCCCAAAGCCCCGGUACUUUCCAUUAAAAACCUCUAAAAGCACACACAGCAUGUUCUUUAUAAAAAGAAGAAUAAUUGAUGAAGAAGUCUGGGAAAUGAAAGUCUCCUUUUUGAUGAAAUCUGUGUUUGCGAAUAGAUCUAUAAUGAUGCUGUCGAUGGCUGAUUCUCCAAGCCCUGAAUAAUUAGAUGCUUUAUUAGCAUAAUUUCCCUUGAUUUAGAUGAGCGCUUCUGAAAAUGUGGAGGUUAUGCCAUUGUCUUAAACAUUCGGUAUGGGUGUGUGUGGGCUUACAUAUUUGACUACUCACAGAUCCUCUUUCGCAUGCUUUUAUUAUUCUGGCUCAUACGAACAGCACUUUCAAACUGCUUGUGGAGCUUAAAGCUUCUUUGUGGUUAUGCAGCAAUAGCAAUGCAAAUAAAACCUAGCCUGUUAUCAUAAAAGAAAACAAAAGACAUGCAUUUCUCAAAUGCUCUAGUUUUGCAGCCCAAGAACUGUGGUUUGGACAAUAAAAGAGAGAAUACCAGUGCAGCUUCACCUGCUUACAGGAAAUAGGAACAUGCUGGUUUCCUGUUUCCCCCUUUGUCGUCUUUGCGCUUCUGUGUUGAAAACAGUCCGCUCUGGAAGCGGCUCAGUCGAAUCCAGCAGUUAAAGCAAACACUCAUGAUUGAAAAGUGCUCAGAACCAAACAUUUUCUUUUCUAAAAGGCCUAAACGGUGUUCAACUUACAAAUCUCACGUUGAACACACGGAGCUGCAGAAAUAAGAUGUCGUUCUAAGUUAUGCUUUGCAUGAUGGGAAAACAUUCUCUGUUUUCAGUUAGCUUGACAGCUGAGCCAUGGUGGGAAUAAAACCCUCUCUGUGGUAUUUCCAGAGAUGGAGAUGUGGUUAACUGAUAGCUAACGUCCAUCCUGGGGCCAAUAAAAGGGAUCAGACUAGUCUUUUGUUUCAGGGUCUGAAGUGUUUUCUUUAAGGUGACCUUCAGCCCAUCACUAUGAGCCCAUGUAAGACAAAGUGAAGGCCUUUCUAAAAUAAGAAGGACUCAACAAAUAGUUAUUUAAACAGUCUCAUAUGUUACUGUGAUUUUUCUAAGUAUUUUUAAUAAUGAGAUCUUCAUCUACAAAAAGGCUACAAACUCAUGUCUGAGGAUUGUAGGUGUCACUUCAUCUGUGAGAUAAAUUGAUUUAAAGCUUUACCUGCAGUUUCGCAGUAAUGCAGUGAGAUGUGAAGCAUAAAAGUGAACAGUCAAUACAUUUACUAAAUCUGACAUUAUGAUGGUGCAGCCACAUUAGCGAAAUUGUGAAGAUGUAUGACACACAGCUCACACAGAAGUCACCCUCAAACCAGGUACCUUUCUGCUGGCCGGCGAAACAAACCCGUGUAGUUCACUUGAACCUGCUGCGAAAUCUGAAUUUUCAUUUUCACUUAAUUUUUCAUGCAAAUGAUUUACUUUGAAUCAUGAAAUCUAUAGCUGUUGCUUAAUUUAAGCCAUAAUAUCCAUCAGGUGUUUGUCUGCUGUGGUGUUGAUUCAGCACUGAUACAGAAGUACCAGAGUCAGAAUAGUAGAAGAAGAAAAUAGAUAUAAACCCAGAAUUACAAGAUAUAAACUUUACAUCUCACCAUAUGUUCAUAUCUUGCAAUUCUGAGGAGGAAGAAAGUCAGAAUUGGCAGAUAAAAAGUCACAAUCUGGCGGUGACAGGCUUCAACUGAAUAGAGUCAGGAGGAGAAAUGUGUAUUUACAAACUAAAUUAGGUACAUUUUGAUUUCUUGUUGACUUUUCUGGACAUAUUUUAUUUCACCACACUUUCACAGUGAAAUGUGCAGUGAGUGUAACUAAAAAUAUUGAACUAUGUCAGAACAUAUGCCAGACAUAUGGAGCUGGUUAUGUGAUGCAAAUGUUAAACUUAAAAAUGUUUUAAAAUCAUAACAGUAUUGUGUGAAGAACUGUGCAAAAAUAAGUAUUUAUUAAUCAAUAAUCUUCCCCUGAAAUCAUAAUUUCUUUAAAAAGGAAUAAACGUUGUUGGUGUUUUACGAGUGUUCACUUUACCUGCUGGCUGGAGUUUUUAAUACAUUUAGAGACACAUUUUCCCAAUGAGCCUAUGUUCAUGUUUUGUAAUAAACUGAUUCAGAAAUCUAGAUGUUUUCAGUAAACAUG